AUGAGUUCACCAUGGCCUUUCGUUGCUUGGGGCAUGGAUGUUAUUGGACCCAUUGAACCCGCAGCUUCAAAUGGCCACCGGUUCAUUUUAGUUGCCAUUGAUUACUUCACCAAGUGGGUGGAAGCAACGUCUCACAAAUCAGUAACAAAGAAAGUGGUAGCUGACUUCGUGCGAAACCACAUCAUAUGCAGAUUCGGUGUGCCCGAGUCCAUCAUAAUAGACAAUGGAGCAAAUCUGAAUAGCCACGUGAUAAGGGAUAUCUGUGAGCAAUUCAAGAUCACCCACCGAAAUUCGACGGCCUAUCGGCCACAAAUGAACGGAGCCGUAGAAGCAGCCAACAAAAAUAUCAAGAGGAUAUUGAGAAAAAUGACUGAUAAUCAUAAAGGUUGGCAUGAGCAGUUGCCUUAUGCUUUAUUGGGAUACCGUACUACGGCCAGAACUUCAACAGGAGCAACUCCAUACUUGUUGGUCUAUGGAACUGAAGCAGUCAUACCUGCUAAAGUUGAGAUACCUUCCCUGAGGAUCAUUCAAGAAGCAGAAUUAAACAAUGCUGAAUGGAUCCGAGCUCGAUAUGAGCAAUUGGCUUUAAUUGAUGAGAAAAGGAUGGUUGCCAUAUGUCACGGUCAAUUGUACCGACAAAGGAUGGCAAGAGCCUUCAACAAGCGAGUCAGAACUAGACUUUUCAAAUUGGGCAAAUGGUGCUCAAAAGAAUUUUUCCACAUCAAGAUGAAUACAAGAGGAAGUUUGCUCCCCAUUGGCAAGGUCCUUAUGUGGUCCGCAAAGUACUCUCCGGAGGAGCAGUAG